AUGGAUAUGGAGGAUAUGGGUGUCAGGCAUCCCGAGGCCUUUCAUCAGAGCAGCCGGCAGUCUACCACAGCAGGAGAAGAAAACACAGUGCACAUAAAACGAUUCAUAUUGUAUACAUUUUCAGUGAAGAAACUGGGCAGCAGCACAGGAAGAUUUGCCAACGCCACGUUAGUGCGGCUAUCUGAGUUUUUGAGUGCGGGAUAUAAGAAGGGAGUGAGACCAGUGAAAGACUGGAGGACGUCCACUAUAGUGGCCAUAGACCUCAUGGUUUACUCCAUCCUCAAUGUGGAUGAGAAGAACCAGGUUUUGACAACAUAUGUGUGGUACAGACAGUCAUGGACGGAUGAGUUCCUGGUGUGGAACCCAGAAGACUUUGAUGAAGUCAAACAAGUUUCUUUACCUACCAAUAACGUGUGGGUGCCCGACAUCCUCAUCAAUGAGUUUGUAGAUGUGGGGAAGUCUCCAGACAUACCUUAUGUCUACGUGACACAUGAUGGACUGGUGCGAAACUACAAACCUAUCCAGGUGGUCACAGCCUGCACUCUCAACAUCUACAACUUCCCAUUUGAUGUCCAGAAAUGCAGCCUUACCUUCCAGAGCUGGCUACAUACCAUUGAUGACAUCAACAUCACCCUGAUGCGAAGCCCUGAGGAGCUCAGGGAGGACAAGAGUGUCUUCAUGAACCAAGGAGAGUGGGAGCUGCUUCAUAUACUGUCCAACUACAAGAUCUUCAGUGUGGACAAUGAUGACUAUUAUGCUGAGAUGAAGUUCCAUGUGGUGAUCCGACGGCGGCCGUUGUUCUACACUGUGAACCUGCUGCUGCCCAGUAUCUUCUUGAUGGUGAUGGACAUUGUGGGUUUCUAUCUGCCACCAGACAGUGGAGAGAGGGUUUCCUUCAAGAUCACGUUGCUGCUGGGCUACUCUGUCUUCCUCAUCAUUGUAUCUGACACUCUGCCUGCCACCGCCAUAGGAACCCCGCUGAUAGGUGUGUACUUUGUGGUUUGCAUGGCCCUGCUGGUGAUCAGCCUGACAGAAACCGUGCUGAUCGUGCGUCUGGUCCACAAGCAGGACCUGCAGCCCCCUGUGCCCCACUGGGUGAAGUACUUGGUGCUGGAAAGAGCUCCAGUCCUCUUCUGCAUCCACAAGAAGCACCGCCUCUGCUCCACACUGUCCUCCCAGGGCGCCGACCUGGAGCACUACAAAGACAACAGCUAUGGGACCGCCCAGUGCACCCUGCACCACACCUGUGAGAUAGGCCGAAGGCUCAGCCACCAUGACAGAGAAGGCGGGCUGCUCGGACUAGGCCUGCCCCCCUCCAGGGACCACGCCUCGCCUGUCAUGGACAACAUCCUGCAGGAAGUGACAGCGAUACGCCACUUCCUGGAGAAGAGGGACAGGUGCCGGGAAGUUGCCAAGGAGUGGCUGCAGGUCGGCUACGUGCUGGACGUGCUGCUCUUCAGAGUUUACUUGGUGGCUGUGGUCGCCUACAGCAUCACACUGGGCACGCUGUGGUCAGUGUGGCAGGUCGCCUGAGUCUCACCGCUGUACUGCUGUGGACACAAACUCAGUGGGUGGAGCGUUGAAUUCAGAAGGCCAGAGUUAUUGGCUUUAUGCCCUGUGUUGCUCAGAGGAUACAGGGAGGCACUCGCAUAGUAAUGGAACAAGGAAAGGCUUGUAGCUGGGGCCUAUGUACAAAGGUUAAUUAACCAACUAGGUUUGCCACUAUAUCCCUACACAUUUUAUUAUUAUAAUUACCAUCAUUUUAGGUGUGUUUAGAGAGUGUUGAAGUCCCAUGAUGCGAUUGCAAUCUAAGAAGUUUUCAGGGCCAGCCCAAGGCUUUUUGAGAUGCGCAGGCAGGAAUGCCCCUAGACACUUAUAAAUGCAAUUUUUAGUCGUCACUAUGAAGGCUUAAAAGGAUAGCAGUAGUGGUAACACAACAGACAUAGAUACUUUAGUUAAGGGAACCACUUCAAUGAUGUCAGCCCAUCUCCCCCAGAUGAAUUUACAAUAAAAUCAACCAACAUCAACCAAUACAUUAACCUGGUAAAACGUAACUAUCUGUAUAAUGUAUUUUUGUUUAUAUAAAGUGAAAAUAUACAUUUAUUUACUUAAACUGUAUGAAAAAAAGGAAAACUGGGCCACACAAGCAUCACUUGUUUCAGGCAUUUUGUUGGCCGAGGAGCCCUGAAAAACAAUUACAGUAGUUUUGGUCUGGUUGUGUUUAGAAGAAUAAAAGGUUUUGGGAUCAAAUUAGCCAAUUUAAAACAAAUAUUGACGAUGGCCACAAUAAUUACUGUCUUUUAAAGGCUACAUUGGUUAAAACCUGAGAAGAAAAACCAGACAAUUUGUUGUGAUAAAGGUCAAAACUUGAGAGAUCAGCAUUAACGAUACAGUUUAAGAAUAAAAUUUGGACUUAGAGACAAGUUGGUGAGCAGCAGGGUAUUUGUACAUUAUCAAGUUUUUGUUGCAGUGUAAAACAUCUGUAUAAAUAUAUAAAAUAUGGAUAAAUAAAUAAGGAAUUUACAUAAGUAAGGCAAUAAAUGCAUAUUACGACCUGUUUUGUGCUACAUGUAUAUUAAGAAAAACAUUUGACUGCAUGUCCCCUUUCCUUGAAUGUCAAAUGUAUUACAUGAAGAUAGAUAGAAAUACAUAUUCACACAGAUUGUUGAGGCAUAUUAUUAGUUUAUUUUUAUUUAUUGUAAUUGUAAAUCAAAAGUCUGUGAGUAAAAUGAUGUCAACUUGUAGCGCUUCAAAUCAAUAUCAUGUUUAACAUUAAUGUGCCAUCUCAUGUAAUAAAAAUAGUCUAAAAACUAUAUUGUUGAAUAGGAUUUGGAUAACGUUUCUGUAAAUACAGAUGUGUGCUGUGGUUUUAUUCAGUUGUGUUGCUGUGUCAAGAGACGUAACUAUACACAUUGAAGGAGAAGGAACGGAAUUGUAUU